AUGCCCAACUCGGCUUGGUGUGGCUCGAGCUCCUUUUUUGCAGUGCAGCAAGACUCGUUCAGCAGUGCAGCAGCGGUCGUCUUCCCUCCACCCCUAACAUGUUGUGGAACAGAAACACAGCCAGAUUGCCUACGUGGAAUCUGCAUUAUUGGUUCCACCUCGAAUCCUCAGCAAGACUCUUGCUUGCCCUGGCCUUGCCUAAGGGCUGUGGAGGCAUCAGCAACAGGAGGCACGAAGGCCAUGAUGCCCUCAGGCAUCCCUGAAUAUGCCCCAGUCCUUUCCGAGAAGGAGGCGACAGAGGCUUUGAAGAAGUUUGUGAAAAAGAACCGGACUCCCAAAGACCGGGCGAAAUUCAUGAGCACCCCAACGCCGAUGCCACCCUCAGAGGAGACUGGUGAGCUCCGUCCUGACGAGCGAGGGCCAGAACCCUCAAUGUCACUGCCUGGAACGAUGCCAGGCCUUGCCGAUGCAGAUGCAUCCUUGAAGAAGCUGGUUGAAGAGAAGCUCGUGAAGUUUGACAUCUUUGACUCCAUAGACGAGGAGCGCAUUAAGGACUUCGAGGCAGCCGCCGAGCGAAGCAAAGCACAGUCGAAUUACAAGGAGUACAAAGCCAAGAACAAGAAGAUCGACCCGAACAAGUUCGCGUCCGUGACUGUGGUUCAACGCAGAGAAGAUGGACACAGCGUGAUGACCUGA